AUAUAAACGAGUGCUGGAACUACCCCGGGCGCCUGUGUCAGCACACGUGUGAGAACACGCCUGGCUCCUACCACUGCACUUGCUCUUCUGGCUUCCGCCUGUCCUACGAUGGGAAGCACUGCGAAGAUGUGAACGAAUGUGAUACAAGUCCCUGCAGCCAGGAGUGUGCCAAUGUUUACGGUUCCUAUCAGUGCUACUGCAGGCAAGGUUUCCAGCUAGCAGAAGAUGGGCAUUCAUGUAAAGAUAUCGAUGAGUGCACACAGAGUGCAGGCAUCCUUUGUACUUUCCGCUGCGUGAACGUUCCUGGCAGUUAUCAGUGCGCCUGUCCCGAGCAGGGAUACACCAUGGCAGCAAAUGGACGAACUUGCCGAGAUAUCGACGAGUGUGCCAUCGGGACCCACAACUGCUCCGCUGCCGAGUCCUGCUACAACAUCCAGGGCAGCUUCCGCUGCCUGUCCUUCGAGUGCCCGGCCAACUACCGCAAAGUCUCCGACAUGAGGUGUGAGCGCAUCAGCUGUUUUAAUUACCUGGACUGCCAAAACACUCCCGUGCGCAUUACCUACUACCAGCUGAACUUCCAAACCAACAUCGUGGUCCCAGCUCAUAUCUUCCGUAUUGGCCCGUCACCCGCCUACGCUGGGGACAACAUCAUCCUUACCAUCAACAAGGGAAAUGAGGAGAACUACUUCAGCACCAGGAGGCUCAACUCCUACACGGGUAUCGUCUAUCUCCAGCGACAAGUGAAGGAGCCUAAAGACUUUUUAUUAGAUGUAGAAAUGAAACUGUGGCGUCAGGGAACAUACACCACUUUCCUUGCCAAAAUUUACAUAUUCAUCACAGCUCAUGCAUACUGAGGCGUGUAUUGACAUUGGAGUUUAUUGGUGCUAUGCUCUUUACCUGCUCUACCAAAGCUUUAUACUGUUGAACUGGCAUUUUAUAUAUUUAGCCUUUAUAUUAUUUUUCUAUCAUUGCUACAAACUUUUUUUAAACUGUUGUGUAAAUUAAGUUAAUUUUUAUCUUUUUUUGGUUGUCUGUUUUCUUACAUAAUUCUUUACAUCAUCGUUUGACAAUGAGCGAGGAAGGGUUUGAAAGGCAGUACAUGUGUUGUAUGCUGGAACAUUUUCUUAGAAAUUAUUUUUUGCCUUAGUCACAUCUGCAGGGUGUUGCACUAGAAAGGAGAGAUGUUCACUUGGGAGUACUGGUUUUUGCCACUGACUAAGGGAAAAAUCCUUGAGCAAUUUCUCUUUACCACCAAAACUCAUGGUCUGACAUAGCCACCAACAUCCCGGAGUUUCUCUGCAUUCAGAUGCGGUGUUGAAGGCUGCGUGUGUACACUGAUGGUUAGCUCACCUCAUAUUAAAGGUUUAUUUUCCUCCUUCUAGCUUUUUUAAUAUGUCAUCUAAAAAUAUGUAUGAAUAAAAGAAAACUCCACCAGUGGACAAGCCUAUGAUUGAGUCUUGCUUUAGUAGGACUACUCAUAUGCUUAAUGUUAAAUGUUUGCAAGACCAAGGUCUUGAAAGAACGUCAUGCUUUAGGGUAGAAGCUGGUACUGCCUUUUGUAGUAGUCACCUCUAUA